GCCCAGUGGCCCCGCCCCCAGCACGGUGAAGGCGCCGGAUUUAGAUAGUGACAGUGUUAGUACAUAGCGCGAUAGCGAGAAUUUAUCGACUGGAGCAUGGUGCAAAUCCGGGUAUUCAGGUAACAGCGACACAAUCGGUUAUUAUACACUGUGUUAUUAUAUACUGUUAUUAUACACUGCGUUAUUAUAUUCUGUUAUUAUAUACUGUGUUAUUAUAUACUGUUAUUAUACACUGCGUUAUUAUAUACUGUUAUUAUAUACUGUUAUUAUACACUGUGUUAUUAUAUACUGUUAUUAUACACUGCGUUAUUAUAUACUGUUAUUAUACACUGCGUUAUUAUAUACUGUUAUUAUAUACUGUUAUUAUACACUGUGUUAUUAUACACUGUGUUAUUAUAUACUGUUAUUAUACACUGUGUUAUUAUAUACUGUUAUUAUACACUGUGUUAUUAUAUACUGUUAUACACAUAGUACAUACUGUUAUACACAUAAUGUUAUUACGCACAGUGUUGCAUUACACACAGCGUGUCGGGUUAUUACGUACAGUGUUGUAUUACGCAUAGCGUGCCGGGUUGUUAUUCAGAGUGUAGUAUUACGCACAGCGUCCCAGGUUAUUAUGCACAGCUUGCCAGGUUAUUACACACAGUUUAAUAUUACGCCCAGUGUGCUGGGUAAUUACGCACAGUGUUAUAUUAGGUACAGUGUGCCAGGUUAUUAUGUACAGGGUCCCGGGUUAUUACGCACAGUGUUGUAUUGCAUACAGCAUGCUGGGUUAUUACGCACAGUUUUGUAUUCUGCGCAGUGUGCAGGCUUUAUGUGGGGAUAUUAUACACUAGGUGUACCUUCCAAAUGUGGGGUUAUUACACUGUGUGUGCCUGUCGGAUGUGCGGUUAUUAUACACUGCUCGUACUCGUCAGAUUCACAGCUAUUAUACACCAUGUGUGUCUGCUUCAUGCAAGGUUAUUAUACACUGUGCAUCCUUGUUGGGUGCAAGGUUAUUAUACACUGUACCUGUCUGAUGCGGGGUCACUAUACAGGGUGCAUGCCGGCCGGGUGCAGAGUUAAUAUACACGGUGGGUACCGGCCGGGUGCAGAGGUAAUAUACACGGUGGGUACCGGCCGGGUGCAGAGUUAAUAUACACGGUGCGUACCGGCCGGGUGCAGAGUUAUUAUAUACGGUUAGUGUUGUGAACACUCCUGAUGUCUCCUUGUUUUACAGGGGUACUGAGGGCCAGCCAGACGAGUGGCUGCUGAUGGAAUUACAGGGGGAAAUCGAAGCUCGAAAUCAAGAUGGACUGGCCGGGAAUCUGAUGGGAGAUCUGCACUACACUAAGGAGGUACGUAAUGGGUUAUACUGCGUGGAAACAUGUACAUCUGUUAAUGCUGCACCCAGUCAAAUAACUCCACCUUACAAUUACUGUGUGUGCUUCAUUUUUUCACAGCGAUACUGCUCCAUGCUAUUACCCUUAUUGUAAGUCUAUUGGAACUGCUGCCAAAUCGUGCUGAUCAAUACUGACCGUUACUCAUUGAUUACCUCGCCUCCUGCUUUACGGGGAAAAAUAUCAUUAAUGAAAAUUUUCACAUGUUGUAAUAUAUAUUGAUAUAUGUGACUUUGCAGAGUUGUAAUGUCCCCUGCUGAGUAUGGCAUGGACCUUCCAGCAUUGCAGUGGCUAGAAGCUUUUAAGACGUGGCUGGUAGCGUAAAACUCGAAAUGUUAAAUUCUGUAUACAGUAACAUAUCAAAAGGUUACAUUUACACAAUCUUUAUCUGUUUAUUUUUUUUCUCGUUACUGCUAUUUGCUUCUGCCAGUCCGUACAGUAUAACUUUCUCUUUCUUUUUUUAUCCCCUGGGUAGGGCAUUCCCUAGAUCUAACCUAUUGCUCCAUAUAAACUGCGUUAUUAGCUAAGCACUUCAGCCCAAAUACUACAGUUUCUUGGUCUGUCUAGUCUACGCUGAGGGUACAAUUCGGCUAGCGUACUAAUUGGAUGCCCACACUGUUAGCUUGAGGUGAAUACUGUGAUAGGAUGAAACUAACCUGUAAAUUCUGUGACUUCCUGGCUGCAGAUCCAAAAUGCCUUAUUGCCUCUUGUGCUGCAUUUGGUAUCCAAUAACUGCUACUCGUCCUCAAAUAUCUGGCUGAGCUUAAUAGGGAAUAUAACCUGAAGACAUCUGCCGUGCCAAGCAUUGCCACCUCUGGUUUCGCCUGGUCUUCCAGUAAAGCAAGCAGCGUAGAUCACAAUCCCUAAACGAGAGGGCACAAGGGGCAUAGAAUAUUCUUGGUGUUUAUCUCUCUUUAGCUCUUUAACCAGAGCUCAAAAUGUCUACUAGCCAUUGACCAGAGAAAAUGUAACCCUGGCUCCUAGAAAUACCCACCUGGGGAGUGGGCUGUGGACCCCCAGGCUUGCAGUGGCUAGUAACUUUUAAGGGCUGGAUAGUAGUGUAGGACUUGAAAAGCUGAGCCUUGAUUUAAGCUCUAGUUAACAUAGUGUCAAUAGGACCCCCACUGUUUUCUGUCCUUGUGAUUAGACUCUUGAUUGAGACAAUUUAUUUCAAAGUUUGAUAUCUCUGUAUACAUUUCUAUUAACCUUUUAACAUGUUGCUUGUCAAACCUCAUUGUGUGUAAUGUAGUCCUAUCUGAUUCUUAAUGCCAGCUUUGCCCCCCCCCCCAUGUAAUUCUAGUUUGAAGUGCCUGUCUUUUAUGUGACUGUCUUGCUGGGCACAGAGAUAUUUUAAGUUUAACGUGAAACAUUUGCAGGAAAAUAAGAGUAUGGGGUCCGUUAAAGCCUUUUAGUGUCUCAUAAAAUGAAUUCCAGUUUACUUUACAGCAGUCCUGGGGGCUUUGUCUGUUUUGUUAAUAUAUAUUCGAAGGGCAUUCGUGAUGAUGAUUCGAUCUUGUACAUGAUUUUUUUUUUUUUUUCUAAAAAAACCUAAAAGAAAAACCUCUAACAUUAUACUCAUCUGUUGCUGUUAAACUAAGCUGUACCACUAGAUGUCGCUCACAGCCAGAUGUUGAUCAUUAGACGUAGCUAUUGUAGAACAUCUUCUGAAAUUCUAGCAGGAAGAGCUCUAAUGCUUUACUGCCAAUGCAGAGAAUGUGUUCUUCACUGCUUUGAUGUCCCUGUUGCCCCUAUUCUGCCAUCAGGGUGUUCCUGUGCUGAUUAUCGGACAUCACAUCCUGUAUGGGAAGGUAUCUCGCUUGGAGAAGCCGUUUGCAGUGUUGGUGAAGAGUUGUAGUGUCCCAAUGGAGGAACAUGGAGACACAGAGUACCACGUGACAGCACUGAUAAAGAAGAAAGUCAUCUUUAAAACACGUCCCAAACCCAUCAUCAUCAAUGUCCCCAAGAAGGUGUGAGAAGCUGGAUGGUGGCCCUGUAUGGAGCAUAUCGACUCCAGGAGGAAACUCUCAGAAUGUGGACGUUUGGAUCCUCUGUGUACAUAGAAACAGCUCACCUCUUCAGGUUUUCAACCCAGUUCUCUAUUGUUAUAAAGAAGAGAAUGAUGGGAAAUGUCCCGGAAGACGUCUUCUGCAGGCGCUAAACAGAUGUGUCCAUAUAAUGUGUAUAAAUAUAUUUAUAUUUUUUGAUGAGUUGCUUGUUUUACUUGUUUAAACAAUAAAUCACUGUAAAUAGUCAUGA